UUCACACAAACAUGUUUUUCAUGAUAUUAGUUACAAUUACAGUAGUGCUACUUUUGUAUUUAAUCAAUCUAUCAACAAAAAAUUUUGAUUACUGGGAAAAACGGGGUGUGAAAUAUGUUAAACCAUUACCAUUCGUUGGAAACUUAUUACCAACAAUAACAAAGUCCCAAUCUUUAGCUCAAAUUAUUCAAAAUUUUUACAAUGCAUUUCCAAAUGAAAGGUUUGUAGGAAUAUUUCAGUUUACUAGUCCAAUUCUCUUAGUAAGAGAUCCCGAAAUAAUAAAGUCAAUUACAAUAAAAAAAUUUGAUAAUUUCGUUGAUCACUCUGACUUUAUUGGCAGUGAUAUUGAUCCUUUGUGGACGAAAAAUUUAGUUGCUACCAAAGGUGAUCGGUGGCGGGAUCUCCGACAAACCCUAAGUCCUGUGUUUACAAGCAGCAAAAUGCGAACAAUGUUCGUUCUGAUGGAUGAUUGUGCAAAACAAUUAAUUAAAUAUUUUAAAGAGCAGAACCAAUAUGUUGUCGACAUAGAACUAAAGGACAUUUUUUCGAGAUACACCACUGAUGUCAUUGCAACUACAGCAUUUGGAAUUCAAAUUAAUUCACUAAAAAACAUAAAUAACGAUUUUAUAGUAUCAGGACGAGAAUUUGCAAACUUUUCAGGAUUAAAAAGACUUGUAUUUUUCAUGUAUGGAAGUUACCCGAAACUUGCUAAAUUUUUAAAUAUAAAACUAGUCAGCAAACGCCUUGGCAACUUCUUUAGAAAAAUUAUAAAUGAGACUAUAGCAUUACGAGAAGAGAAAAAUAUUGUGCGACCUGACCUCAUCCACUUGUUAAUGUCAGCAAGAAAGGGCAAAUUAAAAUAUGAAGAACAAAUGGAUUUACCAGAAGCAGGUUUUGCUGUGGUAGAAGAAUCUGAGUUGACAAAAUCCAAGAACAAUGUGAAUUUUUUGACUAAUGAGGAUAUAACAGCACAAGCUCUUAUUUUCUUUCUUGGUGGAUUUGACACAACUUCUUCUCUGAUGUGUUUUGCUGGAUACGAGCUUGCUGUUAAUCCCCACAUUCAAAAAAGACUUAAAGAAGAAGUCAUAGCUACCGAUCGUGACUCUAACGGACAAGUAACAUAUGAAAAACUUUUGAACAUGAAAUAUCUCGACAUGGUAUUGUGUGAAACAUUACGCAGGUGGACUCAAGGAGUAUUUCUUGACAGGAAAUGCACUAAAGGAUUUGAAAUUCAACCAGAAAGAAGUGAUGAACCUUUAAUAAAAAUUAAUACAGGAGAUAUUAUCUGGAUUCCUGCCUUUGGAAUCCAUCAUGAUCCAAAAUAUUAUCCUAAUCCAUAUGUUUUCGAUCCAGAAAGGUUUAAUGACAAAAAUAAAGACAAAAUAAAAGCAGGUACGUAUAUGCCUUUUGGCGUUGGACCAAGGAACUGUAUUGGAUCGCGAUUUGCUUUACUAGAGACUAAGAUUUUGUUGUAUUAUCUUUUGCUAAAUUUUGAUAUUGUUACCAACAACAAGACCCAAAUUCCUGUCAAACUCAAAAAAGGUGUUCCUCUAGUUUUACCAGAAAAUGGUAUUCAUGUGAGUUUCAGAAGAAACAACAAUUUUUGAUUUUUUUUAUUAUAUUCAUACAACUAUUCUUGAUAAAACUUCUGUAUAAUUGUGUUUAAAAGGUGUAAAUCAUAGCCUUAUUACUCUUUA